AUGUAAAAUCCACUCUUUUACAAAAGUAAAUGGUUGAUUGUUAUAAAAUAUAGAUAGAUUAUAGAGAGGAGAUAAUUUGAGUGUGAAAUUUAUUGUGAGCUUGUCUUAAAAUUUGGAAUAUCAGAAGCAUGUGUUGAAAUUUUGGGAUUAGAUUGGAAAGAAUCCAUAAGGGAAAGUAUUAACAACUGAGUUGUUAGAGGUGAAUUUCUAUAGUUAUUAUAGGUUAUUACAGCAAUUAUGAAGUGUGUAAUAUGUUUACCAGAUGAAAGUCUGAAACAGUUAUCAUAAUAGUAUUUAGAAUCGAUGACAGAUGUUGAUCCAAAUCUACCAGAAUACUUGUGUUAUCAGGUGUUUGUAGAUGCAAUAACUUAAUUGUUGUUUUAACUGAUUAUUCAACCAGAUUUGAGUUCUGCAAUUUACAUUUUGAAAACAAUUCAUUCUCGUAUUUUUCGUCGGUAGUUGAUAGAUGUAAAAGGUAUUGGUUUCUUAUGAUUAUUAGACAAUACAAAAUAAGAUGUAGAUUAUCACAUUCUUGUGAAAAUACAUAAUUCUGAUAAAGUUGAAUAUUGUUUGAAAAGUGACAACAAAAAGUCUUACUUCCCAAUAUAUUAUACUGAAUAGUACAUCUAUAAUGAAGAAUAAUUAUAGAGUGCUAAUAUAAUUCCAAGUAGAAUAAUCAAAUAUAAAUUGGCACCACUCAAUGAAAUUAUUCCUAUUGGAAUGAGUUGUGAAUGUAUGAUAUUUACCUUGAUGAAUAAUAAUUGUUAACAAUCUGAAUACUAACAUUAUACAUCCUCUUAAUAUGCAUUUGCAAAGGAAAUCAAAUUGGUUGGUAAUGUUACUGAAACAUUCUUACUGACAUUACCGAAUAGUCAAUUAGUUCCAGAGAUUGGAUUGCAAUACAUAAUAGAAUAAACUGAUGAUUCUUAUGGAUUUCAUUCUCAAUUUUAUAAAUUAAGCAAAUUGAUAACAAGAGAUAUAUAAUGGUCUUAAUUCCCAUUAAAAAGUUAAGAGGGAAAUAAAUUAUUAAUUAAUAUAAAAAGCGAAUUCUUUACAGAAGAAGAUUACCGAAUUGAUUAAAUAAACAAAGUUAAUAAGAAAUGGGAAAGAAAGAUAGUUUCAGCUAAAAGAUAAUUGUUAACUUCUUAAUUAUAAACAUUUGAUAUUACUAAGUCAUCUAAUCCUGAUAAAAGAUAACCAAAGAACAUUCCCUAGAUUCUUAGAACUUUUUUGGGUGAUUUAAAUUAACCAAAAGAUUUAUAAUAAUUAUAGUCUGCAUUAGAAAUAAUCUAAGAAUAAUAAUCAAAUAUUUAAUUACCAUCAUUUUAAUAAUAUUUGAGUAAAUUCAUAUCACCAAAAGGAUAAUUACCAGUUGAUAGUAAAAAUCCUUAUGAAGAUGAUGUAAUUGAAUAUGCAAAUUAAGCACCUCCUUAAAUAUUCUUGAUUGGCAAACCUAGAAGUGGUAGAAGUACAUUUGCUAAGGCAUUAGCUAAAUAACUUGAUUUAGAAUACUUAGAUUUAGAAAAGGGAAUUUAAAGAAUUUAUGCUAAAGUAACAGAAAAUGAGAAUAAUCCAUAAAUGGAUGAAGAGGGUAAUCCAAAAGAAUUUUUGAAUCCUUUAGAGAGAGAGGUUAUUGAUUCAUUAAAAUUUGGAAGAGAAUUGACUUAAGAACAAUUAGAAUAGUUAUUUAAUGUUGAAUUAUAAUAAGAUUUACCUAAAAAUAAAGGAUAUAUAUUAGAUCUACCUUUGGAGAAUCAAUUUUGGGUGAAUUCAAUAUUAUCAAACAAAAUGUUACUACCUAAAAUAGGGUGUAGAUAUUUUACACAUGUUGUCAAUUUAGAAUAAUCAGAUGAAGAUGUUUUGCAUUUUGCUGCUAGAAUAAUGGAAAAACAAGAUGAUCUAGUUGCAACUUCAUAAUUUGAUAGAGAAGAAUAAAAAAGGCCUAAAAUUAAAUAUAAAGAUCCAAAUGAUCCAGAUGAAGAAGAGGAUUAAGGAGAAAAUCCAGAUGAUGAAGAAAAACCACCUAUUGUACCAGAAAAGGAUCUAUUUUAUAGACCUUUAGAUUAGGAAUUUUUAGUAGAAUCGCUUUCAAAUUUUUAAAAAUCAUGGUAGAAACUAUUAUCAUUAUAUGAUCAUUUACCAGAUUAAAAUAUUAUUACACUCCAAUCAGCUGGCUUGACAACAUAAUAAUUAGUAGAUCGUGUAUCAGCUUAAAUUUUAAAAGGAUAACCUUUAAGACCUUUAGCUAUUAAAUUAGAGGGUGGUUCAGAGAAGGAUUUGUUAGGAUUAAAUUUAACAGAUGAAAAAGUUUAUAGAAUGUGGUCAUAAUGGUAAUAAGUUGAUGCAGUUGAAUUAGUAUUAAAAGAUAAAAUUAUACCAGGUAAGGCAGAAUUUGCUUGUGAAUAUGCAGGUAGAGUGUUUUUGUUUGAUAAUGAAGAAAAUCAAAAUAAAUUUAUUAAUUAUCCCAGAAAAUAUUUAUGUAAACCUCCAUAAUUGCCUAAAACAUAUAUAGUAUCAGUUUAAGGUCCUAAAUGUUCAGGCAAAAAUACUGUUGCUAGUCAAUUAGCUGAAUUUUAUGGGUACACUUUAGUUGAUGUUGAAGAUAUAGUGAGAAAGAAAGUUUAAGCUUAAUAAGAGAGAACUAAACAUUUAGCUUCUACAUUUGAUCCAAGAGUUAAUGAUAUUCAUUUAACAGAAGCUGAAUGGAAAGAAUUCUAUAAAGGAAAUGCUAUAAAAGAUGUAUUACCUAUGGUGCUUAAUUAUUUAAAUAUACCAUUAUAAAGAAAACCUCCAGGAUGGGGAGAACCAAAGAAAGAGGAAGAAGAAUAACCACCUGAAGAAGAUGAAGAAAAGAAAAAAAAGGAAGCUAAAAAAUAAUAAGCAAAAAAGAAGAAGGAAGAAGUAGUUGAAGUUGUAGAAGAGAAUGUUAAACCUGUUACUCCACCUCCUGAAGAUGUACCAACUAAAGAGAUUAUUCCAUUAUUGGAUAAUGAAUUAAAAGUUCCUGAAACAUCUAAACCAAAAGGUAUAGUGAUCAUAGGAUAUCCAUAAACAUAAGAAUAAAUUGAUUAAUUAAAUUUAUGGGGAAUUAAAAUAGAUAAGAUUUUAAUAUUGUAAGAUAGAUCAGAAGAAGCUGGAUAAAUAUUAUUAUAAAGAAAUCCUGAUAUUUUGAUUGAAUAAGAAUUAACUUAAAUUAAUGCAUUGACUUCAUUAUUAAAAGAAGCUUAUUAAGAAGAAAAUGUUAAAGAAAUUCCUAUUGAUGGAACAAGAGAUGAAGUAUGGUCAAGAGUACGUUUGGCAUUAGAUCCAUUUUAUAUUAGAGUAGAUGAUGAAAGCUUAGUGAGAGCACCAGCAGAUGUUUAAGAAGGGGAAGAACCUAUUCCUUAUGGUGAUUAUGCUAAUUAUUGUCCUGUUACAUUAUAAAAAACUAAUUGGUUAGUACCAGGAAAAGAAGAAUUUAUUGCUUUAGUAAGAGGAAGAGUUUAUAGAUUUUAUGGAGAAAAAGAAUAAUAAAUAUUUAAAGAUAAUGUCUAAUAGUUUGUUCCAUCGAAAAUUACAAUACCUUAACCAAGAAUAAUGUUUAUUGGUGUAAGAGGAAGUGGUUUACGUACUCAAUUAAAAAUAUUGAAUAGAUUAUAUAAGUUACCAGUUUUAGAUUUGAAAGGUAAUUUAAUUUAAAAUCUUGAAAUUAAUAAAAAGAAUAGAUAAUUGAAUAGAUAUUAUUUAAAAGGAUUUAAACCAAAGGAAUUAGAUGCUGAUGGAAAAGAAAUUCCAGAUGCUGAAAUAACUGAAGAUCCUGCUGAUUUUGAUCGUAAAGCUCAUGAAAUUGAAGUAUUAAAUAAAAUCUUAGAUUGUGCAGGUGUUAUUAUUAAUGCUAAUUUCUUUGAUGUUUCAGAAGAACUUGUUUCAACUCCAAUUGUUGAUUUAUUGGUUGAAGCUAAGAAAUUACCUGAAUAUGUUAUUUUACUUAAAAUAGAACCUGAAAAUUUUAUUAAAAGAAAUUUUAAUUCAAAAGUUAUUGAAGAUGAAUAUUAAAUGAAAAUGGAAGAAUUGAGAUAAAAAAGAUAUUAGGAAAGAGUGGAAGCAAGAAAUAAGGCUAUUGAAGAAGGAGCUGAAGAGUUGCCAUCAUUGGAAGCUCCUCCAGGUGAAGAAGAAGAUCCAGAAGCACCAAAAUUAGAUGAAAUGUUAAAAGAAUAGAAAGAUAAAUUAUUAUAAUAACAUGAAGCAGAUAUGGCAAAAAUAGAAGAAUUAUAAAGAUAAUUUGAAGAAUUAAAAAUAAAUGCAGUAAUUAUUAGUAGUGAUACUACUAUUGAAAAUGUUACAGAAAGAAUUACAUCAUAAUUAGAAAAUGUUAUGGAUAGAGAAUAUAGAGAAAAUAUGUUAGAAAAAGAAUAAUGUUAAAAAUUAAAUUUAUAUCCAGAUCCAACUAAUUUUAAAUUAAAUAAAUUAGAUAUCUAUGAAAAAUUAUAUACUCAUAAAUAAUCUAAAUAUGGAAAUAGAAAUGCUAUUACUUUAUAAAAUGUUCCUCAUUGUAGAGAUUAUCCUGUUUUAUAUAGAAAUAGAAUUUAUUAUCUUGAUAAUGAAGAUUAAAGAGAAUAAGUAUGUUAAAGACCAUAUAAAUACUUUUAUAAACCUACAGUACCUAAUGAUGUUUAAAUUAAACCUACUAUAUUCAUUUUAGGAAAAGUAAAGUCAGGAAAAACUGAAAUUGUUAGAUUAUUAAGUGAAAAACUUAAAUUAGCUAGAGUAAAAGUAUCUCAUUUAUUGGCUGAAUUUGUAACAAAUUAAACAGAUUUAUUGGCAGUAAAUAUUAAAAAUUAAUUGAAAGAAGGUAAGGAAGUUGAUACUUAAUCUAUUAUUUAAAUUAUACAAAAAAGAAUUUAAUUGGCAGAUAUUUAUAAUUAAGGAUACAUUUUAGAUGGAUAUCCAAGAACCAUUGAUGAAGCAUUAGCAUUAUCAAAAGUAGGUAUCAUACCAACAGUUGUAUUUGUUUGUGAUAAAGAUGAUGAAUAUGUAAUUCGUAAAUUAAAUCCAAAAUUUGGAGGUAUUGAUCAUGUUGUUCAUUCAAGAUUAUAAGCAAAUUAAACUUCAUUAUUAGCAUCAUAUUAUUCAUCAAAUUUUAAUAAUGUUAGAUAUUUAUAAGUUGGAUAAGUAUCUAGUUGGGGUAUGAUCUCUUUAUGUACUAAAUGUAUCUAAGAGAAUUUAUAUUCUCGAGCUUUAGUUGCCAGAGCAUUAAUUACAUAAGAACCAGUAAGAGUAAGUUCAUUGACUUUAACUGAAGAAUAAAUAAUUUAAAAAUUAAGUCCAUUAUAUAAUUAUUGUCCUGUGUUAAUAAAAGCUAAAAAGAAUUAUUUGGCCAGUUAGUUAAGAAGUCCAUAUUUAUUAUUUUAUGAUGAUUAAUUAUAUUUUGUAUCAAGUGAAGAUACUGAAUAAGAUUUUAUAAAGAAUCCCACUCAUUAUUGCAAUAAUUCAAUUGAAAAAUAUAAGAUACCAAAAUAAUUAACUGUUGGUGAUAAAUUUGAUCCAUUUCCAGAAUAUAAAGGUAUUAUAAUAAUAUUAUUAUUUAUAGGUCAUUGUCCAGUUGAAUUGAUUAAUAAUAAUUUAGUUAAGGGUCUUAGUAAUUUAGUGAUAGUUCAUAAGAGUUAAUAAUUAAUAUUUGCUAAUGCACAUAAUAUGCAAUUAUUUGAAAUGAAUCCUUAAAGAUAUAAACAUGCUAGAUUACCUGAUAAAAUGUAAUUGGGAGAAUUAUAAUCUGUCAAAGUAUAUUAUAUAUUUAUAUAUAUAUUAGAAUAUAGCAAAAAAGGUUGCUAAGAGAGGUGAUUGUACAUCUUAUUUAGAAUUACAUUUAAAGAAUAUUAUCAUAAGAGUUUUGGCUUAAUUAGGAUAUUAGAAACCAAAAUAUCCUACUUUAUCUUGUAAAGAAACUGUUUUGAAAUUUAUUGCUAUUUCUUUGAAAGCUAAUAAUAAAAAUAAGGAUACAUUUUAUAGAAAUAAAUAUCAAGAGAAAUUAGAGAAAUUCAUAAAAAAUUGCACUUUGGCUUAAGAGAUUUAAGAGAUGUAUAAGAAAUCGUAAGAAAGUGAAAUAGAUGAAGAGACUUUAUUAUAGAAAGUAGAAUAAUUUGAUGAAUUCAUGGCUGAAUUAUAGGGUAUGGAGAAAUAAAAGUAUUUUUAAUAGUUCAUCAGAUGA